AUGAAUGAAAGUGAGAAUAGUCCCCAACAUAAUGAAGUUACGGUUCCUAUGGUAGAGGAUACUUCAAGUAAUGCUGAUAUUCCAAUGGAGCAAAUUCAACGCGAAGACAAUAAGAACUACGAUAAACAUGACAAUGAAUGCUUCGAUAUGAAUGGCAAUCACAAUAAUAACUCUGAUAACUUACAAUUUGACAGUGUACCAUCUUCUGCAACGAAAGAUUUGAAAAACAUCAAAAGUGUCACCAACCAAAAUGUAAAAAUAGAAGAAUCGAGUAGCACAAAUUCAGUCAUUGAAGAGUCAUCUGAACCUAAAAUAUCAAAAUUAGAAAAUGUGAACCUUGCCGCGACGGUAGGUGGUUCACAAACUAGAAAAUACCUGAAUACAAAUGUGACACCGCAUUUAUUAGCGGGCAUGAGGCUCAUAGCCGUACAACAACCAGAAGAUCCGUUACGUGUUUUAGGUGAAUAUCUAAUCGAGCAGAGCAAUAUACUGAAGAGUGGAGAAAAAGAGAGUAAUGCUAGUAAAUGA